UUGUAAUGCAGCCCUCCCCUCUCAAUCUCCAAAACAGAGUAGCCUAAUUUCAGGGCUGUAAAUUAUGACUGAAUACAUCCAAUACAAAUAUUUAUUUCCUUUUUUGGUCAGCAGGAUAUAUGCUGCUUCCUCCUGCUCAUCAGUACAUUCUGUGUCUUUGGGCCUAUAGAUCCAAUGAUCUUUUGCCAGUACUGUGGCUGGAUGGCAAGCAAGAGCCCACCCAGAUGUGCCCAUUGCCCUGCGAUUACGGAUUCUGUCAUAAAACAGAAAAAUCUCCAGAUUUCCCUCAAAAUUGAACCAGUGAGCCACGCAACGUCUGAGUCUUUCCAGGAAAUGUUGACGGUUUCCCCUUCUGACACUCCAGAGCCUAACUCACGCCCAGCCUCACUAGAGAAUGAGCCCACUGGCUCCAAGUUGCAACCGCAGAGCCAAAAUUCUCCUGUAUCCUCCAACUCUGUCUCUCUUCAGCCAGCAGACAGAUGCCCGACCGCCUUCCCCGUUAAUUACUAUUUAACAUUAACAUCGGAGAAAACUCCCCGCUCCCAGACAUCAUCUCUAUCCUCACAGCUACAUGGGUCUGACCAGGAAAUUCAGAUCCUACAUCCAUGUCGGUUCUGUAAACUCACAUUUACAGCAUCUUACUUGCUGCAUCAUCACAUUAAAGCUAGACACAAACACCGCUGCAACAUGUGUCCCCGGACAUUCCAUGGAGGACUUAAGCUUGCCCAGCACCAGGCUUAUGCCCACUUAGUAUCUCGUCCUUGCAACGUAAUCGGUGCUACCUUUUCCAACCCUGGUCCUGCUCGGACAACCAAUAGUAGUAGUAUUCGCAAAACAAGGAAACCAUACACCAGCUCCAAACAAUCUCUCGUGUGCCAGGCUUGCUCUCGUAAUUUCCAUUCGCCUGGCACGAUCCAGAAACACAGGUGCAACCCUCAACACGUGCAAUGUACUUCUUGUGGAAAAUACUUUGGCAGCAAAAUAUUGCUCCGCCAACACAGUAACCAGAACAACUGCAACAGUGCCUGGAGGAAAAGCGAGGAGACAGAGACUAAAGAUGUCUCUCCCCUGGUCAACUUGGUCAGCCCACAGAGAGACAAUCCGGUCUCUGACUCCCAGAACUCGGACUCCAGCAACCUACUCCCUCAGAAAGAUUCUUAAUACCACUCCAGCAGUGACACAAAAACUCAAAUCUGCACUGCCAAUUCAAAAGGAGUUUAGUUACUUUAUUAUAUAAACAAUGGAAAGUCGGCUAUAAGAAUGGUGUGGUUUUAAUUUGUAAGCAUGCAAAAAUCUAUGUAAAUAUAUUCAAUGCAAAU